AAUUUAUCCUAAAAUGGGAAAAAAUAAAUUGUGCUGCAAUUUUACCUUCAGCUGAUUUCUGAUAUCAUAUCAACCAACAUCAGCAUCUGAACAUAGAACAGCAUCUUGCCAACAUCAGAUUGAGAGGUGGUUAUAUUCAUUUAAAAAAACAACAGGGGUUUGAAAGACUGGAGAAAGGAGAUUCCCAAUCAUGGUGGUUUUGAGGAAGGGGGAUUGGGUCUGGGUGGACUCUGGUACCGGGGUGCCCAUGGGGGCAGAGGUCAAACUCAACGAUACCGGACAGCUGCAGCUGAUUGACGAUGAAGGAAAGGAGCACAAGAUUAACAAGAAGACGGAGGACGGGCUGAGACCCAUGCACCCUACGUCUGUCAAUGGAGUGGACGACAUGAUUCGACUUGGAGACCUGAACGAGGCCGGCCUUCUCAGGAACCUCCUGGUCCGACACAAAGAAGGCAUCAUCUAUACAUACACAGGGUCCAUUCUGGUGGCUGUGAACCCGUACCAGCUGCUGCCCCUCUACACCACGGAGCAGGUGCAUCUGUACACGGACCGCCGGCUGGGCGAGCUGCCGCCGCACGUGUUUGCCAUAGCUGACAGCUGCUUCUUCAACAUGAGGCGCAACAAGAAGGACCAGUGCUGUGUCAUCAGUGGGGAAUCUGGAGCGGGGAAGACGGAGAGCACCAAGCUGAUGCUCCAGUUCCUGGCUGCAGUUAGCGGACAGCACUCCUGGAUAGAGCAGCAGAUACUGGAGGCCAACCCUAUACUGGAGGCUUUCGGUAAUGCCAAGACCAUACGCAACGAUAACUCCAGUCGCUUCGGGAAGUACAUCGACAUCUACUUCACCAAUGGCGGUGCCAUCGAAGGGGCCAAGAUACAGGAGUACCUUCUGGAGAAAUCCAGAGUCUGCAGACAGGCCACUGAGGAGCGUAACUACCACAUCUUCUACUGCAUGCUGAUGGGGAUGCCAGCUGAACAGAAGAAGAUCCUCUCACUGGGCACCGCCUCGGAGUACAACUACCUGAUCAUGGGUAAAUGCACUAGUUGCGAAGGGAGGGACGACAUUAAGGAGUACGCCCACUUCCGCUCAGCCAUGAAGAUACUCAUGUUCUCGGAGAAUGACUGCUGGGAGAUCAACAAGCUGCUGGCCGCCAUCCUGCACCUGGGAAACAUUGAAUUUGAAGCCACCAUUUUGAAUAAUAUGGAGGGCUGUGACAUCAUGACAUCUACUCAUUUCAACGUGGCCAGCAAACUCCUAGAGGUGGACCCCAAAGCUCUGGAACAAAGUCUGACCAAGCGCUCCUUCGUGGCCAGUAGGGAGAGUGUGACUAAACCCCUGACCGCCUCCCAGGCCAUGGAUGGGAGAGAUGCAUUUGUCAAGGCCAUCUAUGGCAGGCUGUUUGUCUGGGUAAUGGAAAAAAUCAACAAAGCUAUCUUCAAACCUCCUCCUGAGGACUCCAACUACAUCAGACAGUCAAUAGGACUGCUGGACAUCUUUGGCUUUGAGAACUUCAAGCAGAACAGUUUUGAGCAGCUGUGCAUCAACUUUGCCAACGAGCAGCUGCAGCAGUUCUUUGUGAAGCACGUUUUCAAACUGGAGCAAGAGGAGUACGCCCGCGAGAACAUCAUCUGGAAGAACAUCGAAUUCAACGACAACCAGCGCACACUGGACGUGCUGGCCAAUAGGCCUCUAAACAUCCUGGCACUUAUCGACGAGGAGAGCCACUUCCCCAAGGGUACUGAUACAACCAUGAUCAACAAGAUGAACCAGGUACAUGGGAAGGGAGAAGUGUACAUUCCACCUAAAAACAACCACGACACACAGUUUGGAAUCCAGCACUUCGCUGGCGUUGUCCACUACGAUUCAAAAGGUUUCCUUGAGAAGAACAGAGAUGCUUUGAGCAGUGACAUUAUUCAGCUGGUGGAGGUGUCUUCUAACAAGCUGUUGAAGCAGGCGUUCCAGAACGAGCUGUUUUCCAAUAACUCGAUGACCAGCACCAGUACCAACCCUAAAAUGAUCAUCACCCCAAAGAACUCUCUCCGGCAGCAAGCAGCUGAUACUAAGAAGCGUGUGCCGACGUUGAGUGGCCAGUUCCGUCAGUCUCUGGAUGCUCUGAUGAAGACCUUGACAGUCUGUCAGCCUUACUUCAUACGCUGCAUCAAACCCAACGACUUCAAGAAGCCCAUGCUGUUUGACAGAGAUCUGUGUAUGCGUCAGCUGCGCUACUCUGGGAUGAUGGAGACGAUUAGAAUCAGGAAGUCUGGUUAUCCCAUCCGCUACACCUUCGACGAGUUCCUUGAGCGAUACCGCGUGCUACUCAGGACCACCGUCUGUGACCCCAAAGUGGAAUCUGUACAGAAAUGCGCUGAAUGCAUCUGUGAAACCAUUCUAGCUGGAGAAGAGGAUGACUGGAAAUCCGGCAAGACCAAGAUAUUUCUGAAGGACUUCCAUGACACCAUGUUAGAACUGGAGAGAAUGAAAGAGUUGAAUAACAAAGCCCUUCUGAUCCAGAGGGUCUUGCGAGGCUACAAACACCGGAAACAGUUCCUGAGAAAGAGGUCAUCAGCGCUGGUCAUUCAGAAACACUGGAGAGGCUACAAGGGCAGGCAGUUGUACAGAGUGGUCCAGCUGGGCUUUGCUCGUCUGCAGGCGAAGGUCAGAGCCCGUCAGCUGCAUCACCAGUACCAGCAGAAGAGGGUGGCAGUGGUGGUGCUCCAGGCCCAGACCCGGGGCUACCUGGCCAGGAAGGAGUGGAGGAGGAGGAGAGCGGCCGUGGUUCUCCUGCAGGCCAACACAAGAGGCAUGCUGGCUAGGAAGCAAGUCAAGAAAAUGAAAAGAGAUGCCUUCCUGUCUGCUAAGGAGCGUCGCGAUGAGGAGCUGGCUGCUCUGGCGAGGCAGAGGAAACUAGAAGAAGUGCUGCGGCAAAAGAAGGAGAAGGAGGCCAACGCCCAAUCAGAAUCCAUCACAGACCAGGAAAUGGUGGACGAAAUGUUUCGCUUCCUGCCUAGUAUGGUUGGAGGGCAGGAGGGACAAGCACCCGCCGGAUUCAAGGACCUGGAGAAGAAGGGUGAACGGGUCAGACUGGAGGAGGUGGAUCUGGAUGACCUGCUCAUUGUGGAGGACAUUCCUGAGGAGGACUACGAUGACCUGGAUGAAUAUUCCUUCUCCAAAUUCGCCUCCAUGGAUUUCCAGGGCGCCGCCACGGCAACACACAUCCGCCAGAGGCUCAGACAGCCACUCCUCUACCACGAGGAUGAAGGAGAUGUGCUGGCUUCCAUGACAGUCUGGUGGAUCAUCCUGAGAUUCAUGGGCGACCUCCCGGAGCCCAAGCUUCAGUCCAUGCAGCCGGCCCAGGGCCUCCGAGGUGGCGGUGUGGGGAACCUGUCCCUGGACCGGGGCUUGGCCGAGAGGCAGGACCGCAGGCUGAGUCACAUGGUUGGUCUGGACCAGAGGGUUCUGAGGAACCAGAAGAACCGGAAGAUCUCUACGGUUCCAGAGGAACCUGCUCCUAAAGGCCGGAAGGGUUCUACCUUUACAGACCUGCUAUCCCGGAACCGGAAACCCUCCGCCAAGCCUGAAGAGGUUAUUCUGAGCAGGAAGGGCUCCUCGGCUGUAGGCGCAACGCCCCAGGCCCGGAAGGGCUCCACCUUCACGGAUAUGCUGAGCAGGAGCAGGAAACAGUCCUCCAUUUCUGAAGACGUCCCAAAAUCUGGUGGCCUUCGGAAGCCAUCCAUCAUCCAGGAGGAGUCUGAAGACCAGGAGGAGGUGACCAAGACACCCACCGUGCAGACAAUUAGUGAGGAAGAUGAGAACAUGAUGGGGGAGGGACCUACCCUGGAUCGGCCAAUGACAGCCCUGGAAAAGCUGCACAUCAUCGUGGGCUACGGCAUUGUCCGACGAGACCUCAGGGACGAGAUCUACUGUCAGAUCUGCAAGCAGCUCCAGGAGAACGGGAACCGCAGCAGUUUCUUCCGAGGCUGGAUCCUCUUGUCCAUCUGCCUGGGCAUAUUUCCUCCUUCUGAACGAUUCAUCAAGUACCUCCAGAGCUUCAUCCGUUUCGGGCCAAUGGGCUACGCCCCCUACUGCGCUAAGAGACUUGCACGCACCGUCACUAAUGGAGUCCGCGGUGAACCUCCGAGCUGGCUGGAACUACAGGCGACCAAAUCAAAGAAGCCCAUGGCUGUCUCAGUCACCUUGAUGGAUGGACGCACCAUCAGCCUGCCUGUAGACUCAGCAUCCACCUCCAAGGAGAUCUGCCAGUUCCUGUCUGAGAAAGUCCACCUCAAAGACACCUUCGGCUUUUCGCUUUACAUAGCGAUAUAUGAAAAGGUGUGGUCGCUGGGCAGUGGGCGGGAGCACGUCAUGGACGCCAUUUCCCAGUGCGAACAGGAGGUGAAGCGUAAAGGCGGGCAGGAGCAGCACGCCCCCUGGCGGCUGUACUACAGGAAGGAGAUCUUCACGCCGUGGCACAGGUGUGAGGAGGACCCGGUCAGCACAGACCUCAUCUACAGACAGGUCAUCAGGGGGCUGCGCUUCGGAGAGUACCAGUGUGACAAGGAGGAAGAAAUAGUCCAACUGGCUGCCAAACACUUCUAUGUCCAAUACGGACCAGACAGUGGUGAAAGCAACGCCAAGGCCGUCGUUCAGGACUGCAUCAGCCCGUCUCUGCUGGAGGCGAAGUCUCAGGACCAGUGGAUGCAGAUGGUCAGCACAGCCCAUGCUCAGGGUCCAUACAUAAACUCCAGACAAAAAGCUGUGAGUGUGAAGGCUGAGGUGGUGGACUAUGCUCGCAAGAAGUGGCCCAUGUUCUUCUCCCGGUUCUUCGAGGUCACCAAAUUCUCAGGUCCCGCGCUUCCUAAAAACAAGUUCAUCGUAGCGAUCAACUGGACCGGCAUCACCUUUCUGGAUGAGAAGGAGAGGAGACUACUGCAGCUCUCUUACCCAGAGGUCACUGCGGUUAACACCAUGAGGGAGGGGAAAGCGUUUGACAAGUCGGUUACUCUGCUGACCCUGAAGGGAGACUUCACUCUGAAUUCAGUAAUGGCUGGGAGCAUAUCGGAGCUGAUUCUCCUGUUCCUGGCAGGACUUAGAGACCGUUCCCAGUAUGCCGUGGCUCUGCAGGAGGUCAGCCAAGAUGACCACACGUUCUUGAACUUUAAGAAAGGGGAGCUGAUCGUCCUCGUCAAAGAUGAUGAAAUGACGGUGGGCCGCGGCUGGAUUACGGGGAAGAACGAACGCACGGGCAAGACGGGGGCCGUGCCCACGGACGCCAUCCUGGUGUUGCCCACUCUCGUCAAACCCACCAAUGAAGUCAUGAGUCUUCUAAACCUGUCACCUGACCAAAGGAAGAGCAUAAUGGCAGCCAAUCAAAAGGAGAUGGGCACUGUGGAGAGAGUUGCUCCCGCGACCCUCAAAGAGUUCUCUUACGAGUACUUCAGGCCUCCAAUCAAGGAUGUGAACCGUCAGGUGAUCUCUAAGAAUGUGGCCCCUGAGAGGCUGUGGGCCAACUCCAGGGAGCCAAUCAGACAGCCCCUUCUUAAGAGGCUGAUGGGAAACCCUGAGCUCAGCCACAAAGCCUGCCUUUCCUUCACUGCAAUCCUGAAGUACAUGGGGGAUUACCCCACUAAGCAGAUGCAGUCGCCCCUGGAGCUGACCGAUCAGAUCUUUGGCCCGGCCACCAAGGACGAGGCCCUGAGAGAUGAGAUCUACUGUCAGAUCAUGAAGCAGAUGACCAGCAACAAUAACAGGUUUAGCUUGGAGCAGGGCUGGCAGCUGUUGUGGCUCUGCUGUGGCCUUUUCCCUCCCAGCCAAUCACUGCUUAAACACACCAAGCGCUUCCUGGAGACCCGGCGGCGUGAACCCCUGGCGUCUGACUGUCUACAGCGCCUACAAGGAUCUCUGAGGAUGGAGCCCAGGAAACUGCCUCCCCAUCAGGUGGAAAUAGAUGCCAUCCAGCAGAACUCCCCCCAGAUCUUCCACAAGGUGCACUUCCCCAAUGACAUGGAUGAGGUCUUUGAGGUGACCACCAGCACUCGAAUCAGGGACCUCUGUCAGACCAUCUCCACCAAGCUUCAGCUGGUCUCAUCGGACGGAUUCAGCAUCUUUGUUAAAACACCUGACAAGGUUCUCAGUCUGAAUGAGUCAGACUACUUCUUUGACAGCCUGAGGCAGAUCACUGACUGGUCCAAGAAAGUCAAGAGUGUCAAAGAGGGUGGAGGGCCCAUGAACAUGUCCUACAUGGUUUUCUUCAUGAGGAAGCUGUGGGUCAGUGUCAUUCCUGGCAGAGAUCUGGAGGCUGACCUCAUGUUUCACUACCCCCAGGAACUGCCCAAGUAUCUGAGGGGGUACCAUCGUUGCACUAAGGAGGACAUGGUGAAUAUAGGAGCACUGCUCUUCAGGGUGAAGUCCAAAAACGACACGUCGCAGUUUGUCAUGAUCCCCAAGAUGCUGAAGGACCUGGUGCCCAAUGACAUGCUGAAGGCCAUGUCUGCUUCUGAAUGGCAGAAGAACAUUGUUGCUGCAUACAACAAACAAACGGGUAUGACAGCUGAAGAAGCCAUGGUAGCGUUUCUCAAGGUGAUCUGUCGCUGGGCGACCUUCGGCUGUGCCUUCUUUGAAGUGAAGCAAACAUCCGAACCCACCUUCCCAGAUAUCGUCAGGAUUGCCAUAAGCAAACAUGGGGUCACAAUAAUCAAUCCCAAAACCAAGGAUGUCCUGGUGACACACCCCUAUAACCGUAUUGCUAACUGGUGCAGUGGCAGCACCUACUUCCACAUCACCGUGGGCAACCUGGUCAAAGGAAACAAGAUCCUGUGUGAAACAUCUCUGGGAUAUAAGAUGGAUGACCUCCUCACGUCAUAUGUCAACAUGUACAUGAAUGAGACCAAAGCAGCAAGGACCCGAAACCAGAGAUACAGCUAAAAAGGCCUCCAGCAUUAAGAAACAUGAAAAAACACCAUGUCCACAGUGCAUUAACUUCUGUGCUAAUUUAUAUGCUAAAACAUAAAUGCAAACACAUUGAUUUAAAGGAUUGAAGAUGGGUUUUGUAGUUUAAUUUGUGACUCUAAAUGGAUUGGAUUCUGAAUUACACACGUUAAGAAGAAUGCAUUUAUUGUAAGUCGCUCUAGAUAGUGAAUGGAUGGGGUCCGCUAAAUUAUCUUUUGAUUAAUUAAUCUUUCGAUCACUUCUUAUUUGACCUGCUCAUAGACACAGACGGGAGUUCUACUUUAUUUAUAAUGCAACAUGUCAUUGAUCGUACUUUAUAUUCAUUCUCCAGCCAUGAGUCUCAAGUUGCUUUUGGCACAACUGAUGUCUGCCGUUGGUGCUUUCUCAAAAUAACUUUGCUACUUUUUUGUGAGAACAUUCGUUAGUUGCAACAGUAGUGUCUCAGUAAUGAUGAGCUUGGUUGGAGUAUACACAAUGAAAGAUUGCCAAUAAAACAAUUGCCAUGUGAUGUGGCUCUGAAACCG